UAUUUGUAUAACGGUUUUAAAAGAGAUUAAAAUUAGUGAAUAUCAACAGAAAUGUAUAUUACAAUCGGUGUAAUCGUUGCCGUUUUGGUAGUGAUUAUCGUUUCGGUUAUCAUUUAUCGCAAGAAAAUGAAUUCAAAACCAGAAAAACCAAAGAAAACCACAAAACAGGCGAAGAAAUCAAAUCAAAGUAAGAAAAAAGCCAAACGAGAGGACAAUGAAACGGGAAUGUCAAAAGAGCGACGACUGAGAGAAGAGAAGCGAUUGAAAGCCUAUUUCUCGAGAGACAAGAAUAUGAUUCCAUUCAAAGAUAGUGUCGACUAUUCCCGCAGUAGUACUGAUAAUACCGCUGAAGAGGACGACCAGUGAACACAAGUGAACACAAGUGUUGGC